CUUGUGGGGGGAGGGAAAUGUAAACAUAUCCUCUAUGUAGAUCCAGUGAAUGUAAGCACGUUUAUUUUUAGCUCACACCUUCAUGUGGCAGAUUGUACAGGGCACGCACUGCUGAGGGUGACUUGAGCAAAAUAACAGGGGUCUGGUGCCCCGGGGAGGGGGCUCAACCCCAGAAGAUGUUCUCCCUGCGCCUGGUGACCGCGGAUUAUUAUUUGGCUGCUCCACUUCCUGGCUUGGAUGUCACGAAAUCCCACUUCAGGGACUGCGAUGUACGAAGAGUGCCUGUGGUUAGAGUGUUCGGAGCCACCCCUGCAGGUCAGAAGACAUGCCUUCAUCUUCAUGGUAUCUUUCCUUACCUGUAUGUACCAUAUGAUGGGUAUGGCCAGCAAAACCCCGAUCGUUUCCUCCGCCAGGUGGCAUUCAGCAUUGACCGAGCACUUAAUGUGGCUAUAGGCAAUCCAUCUGCCAAUGCACAGCAUGUUUUCAAGAUAACAGUGGUGUCUGGAAUACCUUUUUAUGGGUUUCAUGAAAAGGAAAGGCAGUUCAUGAAGAUUUAUCUGUACAAUCCAGCCAUGGUGAAACGAGUGAGUGAACUGCUACAAGGUGGAGCUGUAAUGAAUAAAUGCUACCAGCCUCAUGAGGCCCAUGUCCCCUACCUUCUACAGCUCUUCAUAGACUACAAUUUAUAUGGGAUGAACCUGAUAAAUCUCGCUGCUGUGAAGUUCAGACGGGCCCGGAGAAAAGGUGACUCAUCAUGGGAAGGGUCACAAGUCUUAAAAGAUCAUGGACAUCCCACCCAAGGAAGCUCUUUUACAGCCACAUAUACGCAGUGGGAAGAAGAAAACAUCGCCAGCUCUUUACUACUGGAGGGAGUAGAGCCACAGAGCACAUGUGAGAUAGAAGUCGAUGCUGUAGCUGCUGAUGUACUAAAUCGUCAAGAGAUUGAAGCUCAGAUAGGGAAGAAUCCUGGUCUGCAAGCAAUAUGGGAAGAUGAGAAACAGCGUCGUAGAGAGAAGCAGCAAUCUUCUCAAAUCGGUGCACCAGAAUCACAAGAUCGUGGGUUUGUGGCUGUGACAGAAAGUGAAAAAAUGUUUCAGAAGAGACUAAAAGAAAUCCUUAAACAAAAUGAUUUCUCGGUGUCCCUAUCUAACUCCAUGGAUUACAGUAGCCUGUCUGAUGAGUACUCUGUGGAACUGACUUUACAUUCACAGUUAGAGACGACAGAGGCCAUUCCUUGCACUCCAGCUAAUGUGGUGGAGGUACACCGGGACCAGUGGGAAAAAUCUGAACUAUGUGAAGAUGAGGGUCAUGCAGAUGCUGUCAUUGACGAAGAAGCCAUUUUAAAUAUUAUGGAAACAAGUCAAAGCUUCCAACCUGUGUCUCAGAGGCUGAGCCAAUCUCCAGUUUUUUAUAAAGAUUUAAAAGGAAGAGCAGCAAAGAUGCUUGCUGGCCUAGAAGAUGAUGGCUAUCAGAUGAACUUGUCCAAGUGCUUAUCUCAAAAUAGUUUCUCCUCAAGGUGCAAUACAAUGCAGAACAGUGAUGAUGAGGAAAAUGAGCCCCAGGUGGAAAAGGAGGAGAUGGAACUUAGCAUAUUAAUGUCUCAAAGAUGGGACAGCAACUUGGAAGAACAUGAUGCUAAGAGAAAUCUUGUUAAGAACGCUGAUGGCAGUUCAUCUGAAGAAGACUCCUCAGACAGUGAAAUGGAGUGGAAUAGUAACAAGCUGCUUCUAGCAAAUCUUGCAAUACCUCAGUUAGAUGGCACAGCAGAUGAGAACAGUGACAACGCAUUAAAUAAUGAAAGUACUCUAACCCACUCUUCUGUCAUUGCAAAGAGUAAGUUGUCAAUUAAACCCUCCAUCUUUCACAAAGAUGCUGCUUCAUUGGAACCACAGUCUUCUGCCAAAACUGCAUUCCAGUGUCAGCAAACAAGUGCCCUUUCUUCUCAUCAUUUGCUGAAAAAAGAGGGUUUAAUAGAAGAGCUUACCCAGUCACCUGUGGAAAAGGGAGCUGAACUUUCUGUCCAUUCAUUAACAAAUGAUAGCACUUACAGUCUGAAAUAUCCAGCACCUUUUAACAAAACAGCUCAUUCAGAAAUUCUUCAUAAAGAGGGAGACAUAAAUGACAUCGUCUCUAUUUCAGCCAUUGACAAGAAUGUCUAUGAGGAUGGCAUCUCCUCGAUGAAUAGACAUCUGCAGUGCAGGAAAUUCACCAGCAUUAGAAAAGAUAAAGAUGCCUCUUUCUUGCAUAUGAACCGGCACAACACUGAUGGAACGUUAGAUAGAACCCCACGAAGUUAUACAGAAUUGAGCAAUAGCAAAGCUAAAAGGACUUCAGACUCCAGUGACAAAUGUAACAUUGCCCCAAACAGUGUCAUUCAUGCAGCCUUAAAUGAAAGUUGUGGCGACCGCAAUCCAUGUGUUGAUGGUAGUAGAAUCACAGCUCACCCUGUGGAUAAUGAUAUUAAUGAAGGAAGCCUUAAUAAAAUAAAGAUACGAUAUGAAGAAUUUCAGGAACACAAAGCAGAAGUUACCAGUGUUAACCAGCAGGUGAACCAUUACAAGUUUUUUCCCAGCGUUGUCUUAUCUAACUGUUUGAACCGACCACAGAAGGCUACACCAACGGCUUGCGGGCUUAAGCAGCCUAAAAAGCAUUCACGGUUAAAACUGACUAAAAAAUUAAAGGCUACAGUAAAUAAAAAAACUGCAGAUAUAAAGAGGGAAGGGGACCACCAAGAAUGUAUAGUGCACGACAGACAAACUGAUCUCAGUCUAGAACAACAUACAGCUGAAAAUGAAAACGUGGACUGCUUAGAUUCUCAGAGCACUUCAAAUUUAAGUAACAUUGAAUUGGAAAAAGACAGCACUUAUACCCCAGGUAAUGCUUGUAGCAAAAGCCCUCCUGAUGUUGACAGGGUACCAUCUUGUGACAUGGCUGUCAUAAUGGAUGGUGGUACACUUCAAGGGGAUACUUGUGAAGUGAGUAGCUAUCAAUGUCCUUUUGAGGAGGGGAAUGGCAAUUCGGACCCCUCUUUAGCACUUUAUGGUAAUAAAUACACUUUAAGAACAAAACGGAAAGUCAAUUCUGAAAGUGAAGAUGGGGAUUCGAACAUGGCAGCAAAUGGUUCUAAAGCUAAUCUACCUCAACCCACUGAAGCCAAUGAAUGUGAUGUGACCUCUCAAAAAUCACGCAAGCGCAGAAAGGUUUCUAAAUUACCACCAGUUAUUAUAAAGUAUAUAAUUAUCAACCGGUUUAAAGGCAGGAAAAAUAUGAAAGUUAAAUUACAAAAAAUAGAUCCCUGUGAACAGCAAGUAACACUAACAGAUGAUAAAAUUAAAUUGUAUAGUACGAUGGCACCUUUAAAAUAUUUCUGGCCAAAAGUGCCAGACUCUCCUGCAACCAAAUACCCGAUAUUUCCAAGCACACCAAAGAAAAACAAUAAAAGAAAAACUAAGCCAAAAUCUGGCAAGAAGAAGACUGGGAGAGUUCCAAAGAGUGAGAGUAAUGUUCUUAAGCAAUCCCUACCUCUGAGGAAAAAGAGACAUCGUAAUUUCCUUAUGCCUCCAAUGCCAUCAUAUAUUGAUGACGCAAAGGAUUGUGAUACAGAGUACAAGGAUGUCAUGUCAAAACUUGGCUUUGUUACAGAACGAAGUUCAAGCCCAAUAAAUAUGUCUCCUCCACGUUGUUGGUCACCUUCAGAUCCACGAGCUGAAGAAAUAAUAGCAAGUCAGGUUGAAGAGACGCCUCUCUUUAAAAGUUAUCCAUCAAGUAGUGGUAAGAAAGAAAAUGUUUCUUCCAGAAAAAGACCACGUAAACAGCAAACAAACAGGUCUAGAAAAAAGCUAGCAAUAAGCUCUCAAGGAGCCAAACAAGGAAAUAAAGUAAACCACACUGAGUUGGGCAAAGAUGGAAAAAGGCAUAUAGGGAAACCCAGGCAGAAAAAAAGUGAAAAGGCUCCAAGAAAACACACAAAAAUUAAAGAUUUGGACAAAAGAGGAAAACCUGAAACUGUGUCAUUAGCGUAUGAGGUACAAGAGCAACCAGUAACCCCUAUAGAUGAAGAUGCUAAACCAAACUAUUCUUUUCAGCCAUCUGACAUGUCCCUGUCUGGAUUUUCUACUGGACAUGUCCACUCAACACAGGUGUUAUCUUGCAACACACAGGCAGACUCACCUGAAAAACCCUUGCUCAUUGGCUCAUCUAUGUCUACUCUUUCUCAGAGUUCUUUAGUUCAAAAGGAGUCCAAGUCUGUAUCAGUGCCUCUGCUGCCAAAUGCAAACACAGAGCCAUUCAAGCUAAAUACGUUGGGGUCACAAAUCCCUAACAUAUUUCAAGUAAAGGAGUCAAAUGCAACUCCAAAAUCGUUUAUUCGCACAUCUCAGGUAAUACAGAGUGCACAGUUCAUUCUGAAUUGUUCUCCUUUUGUUCAAGAAGAUCCAACAGAAGUGCAGAAAAGGCUUUUAGCUUCUGUGGGAAAAUUGCGGGACACCCAAAAUGUUCCAGACUCUAUGCCUUUUGAGAAGUUGCAGUCAAAGCUUUUACCUUGCACAAUGAAUAGCCAACAACACCUUACAGGUUUACAAGACUCAGCUAAGCAGAGUGAUGCAAGUUGUUCCUCAGAAAGUCCGUUUUCAAAAAGUUCUUUGGUGAACUCAUUAAGAAGUCCUAUAAAAAUGUCUUCUUGGGAAGAAAAAGGAGACUUGUUUGAUGGAACAGAAUUCACUCCUCAGAAGCUGAGCCAGAAUUGUUUACCGAAUAUUUUUUCUGGAACUAAAAUGCUACAGAAUUCUACCAAGGCGAGUUCUUCACAAGGAAUCCUGGAUGUACAUUCUGGAAUUGCUGUUUUGAAGGAAUUACUCCACAAAAAGCAACAGAAGGUUCAAAGAACCCCAGAAGGAUCCCAUAGUAAGCCUAAAAGUAGUCUGCCAAAUCAAACAGAAUCAAAGUGCACAAAUACGAAAUCUCAGUGCGCAACGCCUAACAAGAAGCCAAGGACCCCACGAAACACAAAACCAAAAGCAAAGAAGAAUUUGAAAAAUGACUUGGUUAAACAUAAGAGUGACCAGCAAAUGAAAAGUUCAACUUCUGAUGGGAGUCCAGGAAUCUUUUCUGACCCAGAUUUCGAAAGCUGCUACUCUCUUGAGGACAGUUUAUCUCCUGAUAAUGCCUACAACUUUGAUAUCAAUUCUGUAGGACUUUGCAGUUCAUAUACAGGCAGUCAGUUUGUUUCAGCAGAUCAAAAUUUGCCACAAAAGUUUCUGAGUGACCCUGUACCUAGCCAGACUGUAGAUCAAGACUCUGUAAAACAGGAAAACCAAGAAACCGAGGAGAAAAAUGUCCGCUUGAUGGACCGGAAAGUGCUAAUCAGACCUAGCUCUCUUGGUCCAGACUUGUUUGAAAAAUCUUCUGUGAACAUAAAAACGAGUCUCCCCUUUAGCCACCGGAAGAAUGGAUUUCUUACCCAGAAAUUUCACAGCACAUCUUCAACAGAUGUGUUGGGUACAUUUGCCCAGCAGUCAGAAACUCUGUAUACUAACAAACGUAAAAUAAGUAAGCCAGGACUACUGAAAGAGGCCUCAUUCAUUGCCCCUCGGUCUGAAUGGGUUCAUACAGAAAUGCAUACUCAAACUAAAGAGUCAACAUCUGAUCCUUGUAGUCACUCUAACUCUAAUUCUUCUUUUACUGGACUUGCUUCCUCACCUGAAACUGAUUUUAUUGAUGGUGACUUAGACUUGUUUCUUGCAAGACACAGUGAUGGGCUUACUCCAACUCCUUAUAGUUCACCAAGAUCUAUUUGUUCUCCAUCUCAAUCAAAGAAUGGAAGUGCUACACCUCGACCUGUUCAUAUUUUAAAGCCUCUGAUGUCCCCACCCAGCCGUGAAGAAAUAAUGGCAACCCUACUUGAUCAUGAUCUCAUGGAAACCGUUUACCAAGAACCUUUUUUCAGCAAUCCUUCUGAUGCACCAGAGAAGCCAAGGGAGGUGGGAGGAAAAAUGUUGACCGUCGAGACAAAAUUAGCACACAAUCUUCCUGAGUUUGAAGGCGACUUUUUAAUGGAAGGUCUGAAGCUGUGGAAGACUGCUUUCUCUGCAAUGACACAGAACCCUGGGCCAAUUUCUCCCGGUCAAAUGAACAGACAGGUCACUGAGCAAGAGCCGAACAAGACGAAUCCUGAUGGGGAUAAAAAGUUGGUGAUCAUGCCAUGUAAAAGUGCUCCUUCUCCUCAGAAGGUUCAGCUAUGGCUUCAGGCCAAAGAGCUUUAUGAGUCUUAUAAGACGUCAGACAAAGCUUCGUUAAAUGAAGCAAGAAGUGACAAUAAGAAUAUAAAGAUGGCUGCAGUACCUAGUGGUUGUAACAGCUUGCCUCCAAAGGAAAUAAACAUUUUUUUGGCACAGCCUGCUAGUUCAGAGGAUCAACCUGUUGAUGAAGAAAAUGUAAAGAUUCAUAUAGCUAGUCCUCCACCACCUCUUCAUGCUUCUGAUGGGGAGGAGGUAGAAGGGGGAAUUGAUUUCACUGCUGAAGAGGAAAUUGAAUCCACCAAAAGGACUAAUGAAAAUGAAUUGUCUGAUGGAUGUAUUUCGCCAAACUCCUCAACAUUGGCACCUUGGCAAAAUCUUGCUCCUGUAGAUCAUAAGCAGUCUCCUAGAGCUGAUGAUGACUGUGUAGAUAAUUAUAAUCCAUCCUCACCAACUGAAAAAUGUGAGCCAGAAGACAGUAAGAAGAGUCUGAGAACUUUCAAAAGUGGGGUCCAUACCCCUUCUCCUUCUCUCUGUAAACAAAAGAAGCACAAAUCUAAACAUGCCUGCCUUCACAGUACACCAGUCAUAGAAAGGAGGAUCGCAUUUCCCGAUGCAGAAGCGCUAGUUUCACUUGUAUAUUGUCUUUUAAUUUCUAAAGCACGUUCUCAAAAAAUGAAUCCGAGAAGAGGAGCAAACCCUGAUAAGCUGCGGAGAGUACUACUAACCACUCAGAUGAAGAAUCAGUUUGCUGCAUUGGGUCACGUGAAGAAGGAAACGUCUCAGAUCGAGGGGCCUUCUCUAAAUAACUCCUACGGUUUCAAAGUCAGUUCCCACAAUCUUCAGGAUGCAAAGGUCUUACAUGAGGUUCAACACCUGACUCUUAUGUGCAUGGAACUUCAUACAAGAACUCGACGUGACUUGGAACCGGAUCCUGAAUUUGACCCAAUCUGUGCUCUUUUCUACGGUCUGUCUUCGGACUUCCCACUGCCCCAAAGUGACAAAACACGGACUACUGGUGCAAUCAUUAUCAGUCAAGACUCUGCUGCCAGUGAAGGUAGCAGAAGCCAGACACCAUUAUUCACCAGAUCAGCCAUCACAGGCUUCCAGAUCACCUAUGCUUCUGACGAGAAGGACCUGUUUGAAAAACUUUUAGGCCUGAUCAGAAGGUAUGAUCCUGAUAUCCUUCUAGGAUAUGAAGUUCAAAUGCACUCCUGGGGUUAUCUCCUGCAGAGGGCCUCAGCCCUUAAUGUGAACCUUUGCCAGCAAAUGUCCAGGAUACCUGAGGACAAAAAUGAGAACCGGUUUACUGCAGACAAGGAUGAGUAUGGUGCAGACACAAUGAGUGAGAUCAAUGUAGUUGGCCGGAUUGUAUUGAAUGUUUGGAGGAUGAUGAAAACAGAGGUGUCUCUGACUAAUUACACUUUUGAAAAUGUGGCCUUCCAUGUCCUUCACCAAAGGUUCCCCCUCUUUACCCUUCGAACAUUAUCAGAUUGGUUUGAUCAUAAAUCAGAUGUUUACAGGUGGCGGAUGACAGAGCAUUAUAUGAGCAGGGUGCAUGGGACCCUCCAGUUAUUAGAACAUUUGGACUUAAUCGGAAGAACCAGUGAAUUGGCAAGAGUUUUUGGCAUUCAGUUUCUACAUGUUUUAACCAGAGGAUCACAGUACCGGGUUGAGUCAGUGAUGCUGCGUAUUGCUAAGCCAAUGAAUUACAUCCCUCUAACACCCAGCAUCCAACAGCGCGCUCAGAUGAGAGCCCCUCAGUGUAUCCCACUUGUGAUGGAGCCAGAGUCCAAAUUCUACAGCAACUCUAUUUUGGUUCUCGAUUUCCAGUCCUUAUACCCCUCCAUAGUGAUUGCAUACAACUACUGCUACUCCACCUGCCUGGGGCACAUGGAGAACAUGGGGAAGUGUGAAGAGUUCAAAUUUGGAUGCACAUCAUUGCGUGUUCCUCCAGACCUGUUGCAUCAGCUUCGACAUGAUAUUACAAUAUCUCCUAAUGGGGUUGCUUUUGUAAAGCCCUCUGUCAGAAAGGGGGUGCUGCCACGAAUGCUUGAGGAGAUUCUGAACACAAGAAUAAUGGUAAAGCAGUCCAUGAAAGAAUACAAACAUGACAAGAGCCUUACACGACUGCUCGAUGCCCGUCAACUUGGUCUGAAAUUAAUAGCCAAUGUAACAUUUGGCUACACUGCUGCUCACUUCUCUGGGAGAAUGCCUUGCGUGGAGGUUGGAGACAGUAUUGUCCACAAAGCUCGGGAGACCUUGGAACGUGCUAUAAAGCUUGUCAAUGGCACGAAGAAAUGGGGAGCCAGAGUGGUGUAUGGUGACACUGACAGCAUGUUUGUGCUGCUGAAAGGGGCUACCAAGGAACAGUCCUUCAAAAUUGGUCAAGAAAUUGCUGACGCUGUCACUGCUACAAAUCCAAAACCAGUCAAGCUGAAGUUUGAGAAGGUUUAUCUCCCCUGUGUUUUACAAACCAAGAAAAGGUAUGUGGGUUACAUGUAUGAAACUCUUGAUCAGAAGGAUCCCGUCUUUGAUGCAAAAGGCAUAGAAACUGUGCGAAGAGAUGCUUGCCCUGCUGUUGGUAAGAUACUUGAACGUUCAAUUAAGCUGCUUUUCGAAACAAGAGAUAUAAGUCAGAUCAAACAGUAUGUGCAGAGACAGUGCAUGAAGCUUCUGGAAGGGAAAGCCAGCAUGCAGGACCUUAUUUUUGCCAAGGAGUACAGAGGAAGUUUUUCUUACAGACCUGGUGCCUGUGUGCCAGCACUGGAACUAACAAGAAAAAUGGUAGCAUAUGACCGCCGUUCUGAACCACGUGUUGGAGAAAGGGUGCCCUAUGUAAUAGUGUGUGGAACGCCUGGUGUACCCCUUAUCCAGCUUGUACGACGACCCAUUGAUGUCCUGCAAGAUCACAAUUUGAGAUUGAAUGCAACCUACUACAUCACCAAACAGAUCUUACCGCCACUAAACAGGAUCUUUUCACUCAUUGGAGUGGAUGUUUUCAGUUGGUACGAUGAAUUGCCAAGGAUUCAGAGGGCUUGUUCAACAGCACGGAAUGAGCUGGACUCUAGGAAAGGGACAAUCUCUCAGUAUUUCACUACUCUGCAUUGUCCUGUCUGCGAUGAACUAACACAACAUGGGAUCUGCAGUAAAUGCAGAAGUCAACCUCAACAUGUAGCAGUGCUCCUUAAUCAAGAAAUCCGAGAGCUGGAGUAUAGACAAGAUCAACUGGUCAAGUUAUGCAAGAAUUGCACAGGCUGCUGUGAUCAACAGAUCCAGUGCGUGUCCCUCAACUGCCCAGUACUUUUCAAGCUUUCCAGAGUAAGUCGCGAACUCACCAAGGCUCCAUAUCUACGUCAACUCCUCGACCAGUUUUAAAUUGUGCCAGGAGGUGACCGGUGCUAUAUCUCCUCUGUGUUAUCACACUACAGACUAUUGUGCAUGGUGCUGUUUUUGCAUUGUUUCAUGAUUUUUUUGAUUUGUUUAACAAGUAUAAUUCAAGGUAACACUCAUCUCCAUCCAUGCUGGGGGUUAUCCUAUGUAUUGCUAUCUUUUUACAAUGUACAAAGUAUUUUUUUUCCUUUGUUUUAACUUUGUAACAUACAGUUUUCUACUCAAGGUGUUUGAAGUAGCUAGAGGAAUCAUUGUGUAAAUGCAUUUCUUACUACAGGCUUUGGUUACUUCCAAGCUCAGCGCUUAGGAAGGGGCACUGAAAUCUGAUCAGCAGAAUGCUCACCUCUCUCAAUACAUCAGUAUCAGACCUCGGUUCAGUACUAGAGCACUCAUUUGAUUUCUAAGUUUAAGUGCAAAAUAUUUUGUAAAUAGACCUUUUUUACUUUUGAAACAACGGAGUAAAAUAAUGUGCAAUGGGAUUUUAUACAGUCAAGCGGUGUAUGUCCUCCAUGUUUUGCUCCACUUGUAUGACAUCUUUUGUUACUUUGAUCAGAGCGUGCAAAUUGUAUUUCCGUGUAGCAUUUCUGACCGUCACUUUCUUAUUAAAAAAAAUGUCAAAAAAGGAAAAAAUAUAUUGCUGUCUUGCUUUAGCUGUUAAUGGGGCAUUGUGAGGAACUGUGCAAAAACAUUUUUUGUUAUACAACUGUGGGACUGUUGCAAUACUUUAAAUAUAAGAUUUAUUCCAUUUUGCUUGUUUUGUAUAGACAUUUCUAUGGUUUCUAAAUAUGCUUAAAAUAUUUUUUUUCUUUCCUUAUGUACAGUUAAAUCUUAUUUGCCAUCAUCCUGAACACAACAUUGUAUUUAGAAUAUUUGUAUAACUGUAUAAAAUUAAAAAGGAAUUAUGUGGUCAAUGUAUUGUUUUCUAAACUGGAAAUUGUUUGAAAACUUUAAAUGAAAACAAUAUUAAACAUGAAUAAAAUAUUGAGUAUUGCAA